AUGACGGCCCUCCAGACGCUCUCACUGCUGGCGCUGUGCGUCUCCGCGCUGGCGCUCGUCGCGCAGCCCACAGACGUGCCCCAGAUCACCCACCAGGUGUACUUUGACGUCGAGAUCGACGGUGAGCUCGUCGGGCGCCUCGUCAUGGGACUCUACGGCGACGUCGUGCCCAAGACGGCGGAGAACUUUCGGGCGCUGUGCACGGGCGAGAAGGGCGUCGGCGAGCGCGGGAAGCCGCUCCACUACAAAGGCAGUGUCUUCCACCGCAUCAUCCCGCAGUUUAUGGUGCAGGGCGGCGACUUUACGCACUCGAGCGGCGUCGGGGGCGAGAGCAUCUACGGCAGCAAGUUCGACGACGAGAACUUUACUCUGAAACACACGGGCAAGGGCACGCUCAGCAUGGCGAACUCGGGCAGAAACACGAACGGCAGCCAGUUCUUCAUCUGCACGGUCAAGACCUCGUGGCUCGACGACCGCCACGUCGUGUUUGGACGCGUCAUCAAGGGCAUGAACGUGCUGGAUGCCAUGGAGGCCGCGGGCUCGGCCGACGGCACCCCCGUGAAGGAGGUGGUCAUCGCGGACAGCGGCGAGUUGGAUUCCGACGACUUUGUCCAGAUCAAGUGA